AAUCUAUGUAACUAAUUCCCCUAGAAGAGUCCAACAAGAAUCUUUUUGAUCUGAUUCAGAGUCAAUCCCAACCUGGAUUCCAAAGACGAAUUUGAUCACAUAAACUUUGAUUGUCCAAUUAGAUUUUGUUAGUCGAAUUUAAUUUUGUGGUUUUUCUGGGUGACACGAAACCUAAAAUUGGAACAAAAUCUUUCGAAUCCGAGGUGCUUGAGGUCGAUAAAUCCAAGAUGUUGUGACCCUCGCGGAAGAAAAAAGAGAUUUGGCAUCAGAAAAACUCGGGUUUCUGAAGUGGGUUUUCUCUCAGACAUGACCGAGCUUUGCUUGAUGGCUUCUCAUGGUCAUGGGUACCCACCUGGGCUUGUGUUCCAGCCAGAACAAGGCAUGUCCAAGGUAUCUAUGGAUUGUCAACCUCUUUUGCCCAGUCUUCGAUCAAAACAAGAUAUUACAAGAUUAAGCUCCCUUAAUCUGAGGCCACAUCAGAGCAAUGAGCUGGGGAAACCCAUGAGUGGGUUUUCAGCGACUAGCCAGUUUGUCAGGAUUGACUCAACUAUCAGAAGGCCAGUACUUCUUGAUGUGCAAGACAGUCAUACAAAGUCAAUACUCUUCAGCUUCAGGAUUGCAGAAAAAUGCACAAAACAUGACAAAAUCUUGAAAUACCUAAUGUCUAGAUCAAGUGAAGCAGAAAUAGGUGGACUGGAUCUAUCUGUACUCUCUGACUUGAUGGGCCUUCAAGCAUUGACAAAUGAUAUGCCUCAACAGCCAUGUGCUCCCGAUUGUCGAUUGUGUUCUCAUUCUGCUGAGUCUCAGCCCUCUCUGUUGUAUCCCAUUACUAAGCUUAAUUCCCAGAUGCCUCUUGUCUACUCGGGUGGGGAUUUGACGUAUAAUUCAGGAAUUACAGUUCACUCAGAUGGCCAAGUCUCUGUCACAGGUGCUGAGACUGAGAUUAAGGAUAUAUUUUCCGUUGUUGCUGAGUUUUACUUGUCCAAUGAUUCAACGAAGUGGAAAAAGCAGUCACUGCUGGUCCCGCACUUUAAUAGGUUGGAUGGCAGGGAAGUACGUGCUAAUAUUCAGGGGUCUUCUUUGAAGCUGGAAACUAUUAAAGUUGCUCCUCUGAAGAGUCCUGAGAGAAUCAAACUCAAACCAUCACCAAAGAAGAAGAGCAUCAGGAAAGCAACUAAAGAGAGGGAUCUCUACAGAAAAAACCCCUUCCAUGCAUGUGAAAGCCUUCUAUCCAUAAUGGUUGACAAAAAGCGGCAUGGGAAAACUGCCAUCCUCUCUCUGAAGAAAUCUGGUCCUGAACUACCUCAGCUCCUGACACAGUUCUCGGCCAGCAUUGCUGGGACUGGUCUUGCUGUUCUUUUCUCCGUCGUCUGUAAAGUAGGUUGCAGCAGGGUACCCUUCUGUGCAUCCAAACUCUUGAACACUGGAUUGGGACUCGGAUUGGUGUGGCUCUCUUGGGCAGUCAACAGACUGAGGGACACGGUUGUUCACAUCUGCAAAAAUUCAGGUAAAUUGGAUUCUAAAGAAGAGGAGUUGAUGAAGAACCUUGACAAAAGUGUCAAUGAAAUUUACCUUAGAGCUGCAACAUUGAUGACAAUUGCAGUACUAAGGUUUGUGUGAGCGCAAGCUUCGAUUAUUGAACUCAUUUGAAUUACCAAGGAUGGGGGAAAAUUGGGAAGGGAUGAUGGAAGUAAAUCUAAAUGUUCUAUCUAGUUAUGUUUGGAAGGCUUGGUCUCAGUAGGCUCAUGGUGAAGUUGAAAGUGGAUUGGUUGAAGUGUGGACUAAACAAAGUGACAUUCCUAAUAUACUCACUUGAGCUUGACCUUCUGAUAGCCUGUAUUGCCAAAUAAGUUUUGUGGAGCUAAUGUUAUGUAAUUGGAACUUACAUUAAUGGACUGGAAGAAUACAGGGAAUAUGUGAAACAAAAAUCAUGUAAGGCGAAUCAGGGUACUUGUGCG